AGUCAAUCCUGGAUCAAAUUAACAUAAAACCACUACGUUUCUGUGUUAAAAUACCUAAUAAAUUUAACCGAGGGCCUUUAAAGAUUUUGGGGCUAUUUUGGUUGUUAAAUAUUAAUAAUGGCAGAAAAUAUUUAUUUUUUCGUGCCAAAUAUCAUUGGUAAGUUAUCUUAUAUAUCAUGGGUUUUAGUUCAAUCACCAGCAAAAACCUAGACAUGCUAAAAACAACAUUAACAUCACAAUCACUGUGUGACUGUGUCACUGACACUGUCAUCGCCUGCACUCACAAAGUCAACUCAAAGCGACUAUGAGUGGAUGGCACUUUUCGCUUGUUAAAAUUACUACUGCUACUUUGGAUGACAACCUAUCUAAGAGAAGUUAAACUCUGAAUUCAGACCCAAUGAAAAGUUCGGACAACUUCUUUGUGAGCACAGUCACAGUGAGACACAAACUGACAAACUACUGGUAUCUACUGACAGUUGACACUGCACUUGCACUGCAUCCUACCAAAUUAGCGGAUUAGUAUUAUAUUUAUGUUAUAUAUAUUAUAUAUUAAUAUUAUAUAUAAAUCCCAAGUCUUUCCAUUUGAUCAAAAUAGGAAAGGAUGAGAGUGAGAGAGAGUGAGGCUGAUGAGUUUUGCGCAACUCUCCCUCACUUUACUUAAUUUAAGUAUAGAAAAUACAGCAAAAGUUAAGCUUACUUACCACAUUUUCUGGAUGCCAUGUACGGACACAAUGGCUGUCAAUAAAAGGAUGCAUAGCAGCAGAGGAGUGGUGGGGAGGGCAUGAUUUGUUAUAUCAUUUUGUACAUCUUUUUUUUUUACAAAUUUUGUGAAUAUUUUAUAGAUCCAUGAAUAGCUUUUAACGAAUUUCCAUUCUCAAGAAGCAUAUCAUAAAAUUGAGGACAUGUUAGAUCAGUGUUUAAUAAAAUGAAAAAUAACAAAAUCUUUCAGAGUGGUUACUUUCAGCUGUGAUUUAUUAGACGUCCAAACAUUGUUUACUUGAGACUUGAGAGAACGCUAGCUCCACAGGUGCAUUGGUUUCGUGAAGGCUGAAUGAAAAUUCACAGAAAAUUUACAGAAAGUGCAUCAUUUGAUUUAAAAUUUUGUAAUAUUUGCACCCAUUUUUAUCGACAAGAAUUUUUUGCGAGUUCCAUUCUUCCAGUUUGCCAGGUGACAAAAACUGUUUCUCAUCAAAGAGGUCAACAACUUUCUCUGGGAAGAUUUCAUUUAUAUAAGUGACACAUCUUUCUACUUUGUACCAGGAAGGGAACAAUUUAAAACUCACCCAAGAAAUAAUUUAAAAUCUUCAAAGUGAACAGGCCAAUGCUGCAGUUAUGUUACACAUGUACCAUAGAAUGCAAAAGUUACUUUUUCUAUCUUUCAAUUAUUUCUAUUGGUUCUUCCAAAUGUCUCAACUUACUCUGAAUAAUGAGUGGAUCAAAUUUCUGUUUUAACCUUUCCCGACAUUUUAGUAGGAGACUCUUCAUUUCCUCAGCUCUUCUUCUUCUUCUUCUUAUAUCUUCUUCUUAUAUUUGAGGUGCCCACGAUCAAUUUGUUGAUCAUUCUGGCUCCUGGUUUUAAAUUCAGAGUUUACCUUCUCUUAGACAGGUUGCCGUCCAAGGCUAACGAGUCCCAUCCACCCGGGUUGCUUGGGAUGGCUUUGGUGGGGAUUGAACUCCAGACCACCAGCUAUUUCGUUUUUGAGACAGUUUAGACCGCUCGGCCACCCAGCUACUUUAACAAAUGUUGCAGUCUAACUUUCGAUCUUUUAACAGUUACCUGAAACAUAGCAGCUUGGUUGUGUAGGGAAUACAAGCAGAUCUCUGUAGUUGGGUUUUCAAAAACUGUUUGAGCAGUACACACUAGGGACCCAAUACAAAUGACCCAAAGCCAGAAGUCACACUUCCAGCACAGGCCAUGGCACCUGUUGGGCAGAUGUUCUCACACGGUUUCAUGCAGGUGCAGCAGUAGUGCCUGGGUUUAUGAGAAAUGUUCCGCACGAUGGCGCUGAAACUAUUCAUUGCUCUGGCCUUCGUGGAGAAAUACAGAUAUUUUUUAUAUUGUAAAAUAUUGGUUUCUAAAAAUGUUUAUUAUUUAAUUUCUUUUUUAGAUUACCUUCGGGUAGUGUUUGCCUUUAUUUCAUUUUACUACAUGCCCUUUGACCCCACCAAAGCAAGCAUAUGUUACCUUUUGAGUGGUUUUCUGGAUGCUUUUGAUGGCCAUCUAGCAAGAAUGCUGAAUCAAUGUAUGUAUUCAUGUGUUCAGCUGUUGUUCAUUUUUUUUUUUUUUAAUAUUGAAAAUCAUUUUCAUUUUAUAUUUAUAAUUUAUCUCAGAUGGAAAAUUUAUAUAUGCAGUCAGUUCUGAAAUGUAUUUGUUAUUUAUCACUUUACUUUAUCAAAGAAAUUAUUAGUUAUGUUCCCAUUUAGAAUGCCUUUACUUUCUACAAUGAAGCUGAACUAUAAAAAAAUAAGAUCAUAAAAAUUCUGUUGUAUUUUUUUGUGCAUUAAUAAUUGUUAACAUGAUAGUACAAUUUAAAAUUAAUGGUUUAUCAUAAAAUAAAUGUAUCAGGCACUAAACUUGGCGCCAUGUUGGAUCAGCUGAUUGACAGAAUCACAACAAUGUGCUUGUGUGCUGCACUGUGCCAUCUGUACCCAAAGUAUAUGCUCUUUUUCCAAUUUGCAAUGGCACUUGACAUAUUUAGCCACUGGAUGCAUGUUCAGAGGUAAUUGUUUUAUCAAAAUUAUUUAGUGUUUAAAAAAUGUCAAUGGUUUUGGUGAAUAACAAAAUUGAUUCAUUGGGUGUCUUACUGUAUUAAAAUUAAGUGCGGGUGGUUGAAGCAUCUGCUGUUACCAGGUCUUCAGAUAAUAAUUACCACAAUACCUCUGUUUCUGUCACUGACCCCAUUGAACUAAUAAUAUUUUUUUCAUGUUUGAUGAGUGAUAGGCUAAAGAAUUUUUUUAUUAAUAUAAGCUCAUAAAAAGUUCAGCUGAUCAUAAGAACUCCAUUGGGCUUAUCAAAGUAAUGCCAUUAACCAGUUUAAACAUCAGAUGAUCCCCAACUUGUGACAUUUUAAAAUCAAGUCUGUGUAUUAGUCUGUCACACUGACAAUCAAGUAUGCAUAUUGCAUAUAGCAUAUUGAUAAAAACUUGAAACUAAUGAUAGCUGUUGAUAUUUAUUGUUUCAGCUCUGUACAGAAGGGCAGUACCAGCCAUAAAAAGAUUGAUUUGGCUGCUAAUCCUAUUCUUCGCUAUUAUUAUCACAGUCAGGUAGGCACUUACCUCUAAUAUCAGUCAAUUUUUUUAACCAUUCUUUACAUUUUCAUUGUUCAGGUUACAUCUAAAAAAUAUAUUAUUAUUGUAAUUGUGAAAAGUACUGGUGUUAAUGGGAUUGCCUUUGACUGAGACUGUAUAACAAUAUGUAAUGUAGUUUAAUCCAUCAUGUAAAUUUGCAAGGAACUUUAAAUUGUGAUUUAAAAUAAUCUUUUAGCCAAUAAUAUUUUUAUUGCAGAAUUUCUGAUUUUUUUAUAAUCUAUAUCUAACGUCUUUCUUCAAGGUUGUUCUUUUUACAAUGUGUGCAGCCAAUGAAUUGUUCUUCUGUAUGUUGUACUUGAACUACUUCAGCUCAGGCCCUAUUCGUAAGUUUACAAUUAGAGAUUUAUCUCUCCUCAGGGCAGAAUGGUCUGUAUUUCUACUUGUUGGCAUUAAUGUAGCAAAGGUUUAUUUAGAGCACCGGGGCGGCCCGCCAGCACCCACUUUGCGGCCCGCAAAGUAACAAAAUAUUCUUUAUUCUUAUUAUUUUCAUAAUAGCUUUUUCCCCUGUCCCUAUUUUUUUUUGGCCCGCACAAGUCUUGUCUUAUAUUCUUUUGGCCAGCACAAGUUUUUCAUAAAGUAUCGCGGCCCGCCUUACAUUUUGAGUUGUUCAGGCGUGCUUUAGAGGAAAGAUCGCUAGUCUUUUACCCAAACUUUGUCCUUUCUCAUCCGGCUUUCGACCAGCUAUGGUGGAGUUCUUGAAACACCAUAUUACUCCUAAAAAAAAUAACUCUUUUAAAUAACUCAAGAAGUAAAAUUGUCCAAAGUAGAUGAUUCAUAUGUAAAUAAUUCAUCUCUGGACAAUCUGCCCCUAAAGUAUAAUGGGAUAAUUAACUUAAAAUAUCCAUGUCAGUUUAUACAAAAAACCUUUUUAUAAACAAUACAGAUGGACAAUCUUAUGACUACCAUAUAACACUAGUAACCUGUAAUAAUGUAAGGUGUACGAAAAAAAAAAUCUCUUAAACAACAGGAACAGUUCCAAACUUAUCUUUGAGAAUGUAUCUAAACAUUCUUAUAAUGAUUAAAUUGAGCAUGAGGAAUCUAUGGGAUGCAGAUAGAACAGCAUACAACAUUUUCCUGAUAUAUAACUUCCAUAAACAGCUGAACUAUUUGGAAUUUUUUUCUUCCAACAGUUCCAGUAAUUGGUGUCGGGUUAUGGAAGUUUAUCUGGGUCAUCUGUGCUCCUCUAUCCAUACUUAAAAUGAUUAUCAGCGGCAUCCAGUUGGUGGCGGCUUGUGAGAACUACGCCAUGAUUGACCGUGAGGAGAGAGAAAAGUUGUCUACAACACAAAAGAAAUUGGAGUGAACAAAUAUGACAAAGGGCUUAAAAAAUUUUCCUUUUCUUUUAAUUUAAUUCUCUAUGAGUUCCGCGAGAGGAAUGUGACCAUGCUAUUCCAAUAAACACAACAGAAAAUUUAUUAAACAGGAAUUCACUUUGUGAUUGUGAUCUGAGCUUUAGUAAUGCAGUCGCUUAAAUUUGACAAUCACGCUGUAAUCCCCUAUUCCCUCAUGAUUGCCAAAAAAAGUCCAGGUGCUAAUUUGUGCAGUCAUCAAAUGAAAUCACUAGAGUGGUCCACAAAUGUAUAAUGAGUAGAAUAAUGUAUAUUAUAUUAUGACCUUAGUCAAUGCCCAUUUCCAUCUUUGUGUGGUCAGUUGUAAUAUCAGUUAAUUCUUUGAUUUUUAAAAAAUUUUUUAAAACAUUAGUUUUUUUGUUUUACCACCUGUUAUAGUUAAACAGCCACAUAGCAGAUGAAACAAAUAUUGAAAUUGAAAACUCUAAAAUGUUGGUAAAACUGCCAAGUGUUAAACAUUUUUGAGCUCAUCUUGCACUGGCCAGUUGGUUGGUUUCCUUUCUCUAGCCACGGGCAGUGUUUAAUCUCACUGUCGGCGGACGCAUUUAAUCCAAGGACAUGGUGAUGACUAGGCUGCAAUAAGAAUUUAUACAAUUGUUAUUUUAAAUAUCCAAUCAAUAAGUUACAUUUGAGGCUGGCUCCUCCUCUAAACAACACAGAACUCGGUGUAAUUGGGUCUCUGGUCACCAUACCUAUUGAUGUUCUAUAUACCAGUAACUUAACCUGUUGUGAUUGAGUUAUGAUUUUAAAAAUUUUUUUUUGUUGACACUGACUAAAAUAGUAUGAAUGGUCAGACUAAACAAAAACACUGUCUAGUGCACUGAAAAAAUUAAUUAAUGAAAACCAAUGAACCAACCUAUAUAUUAUUCAAUUUAAUUUUUUUCAAAAUUAUUUCAAACAGAUAGAGAUCUCAGUGAUUUAUUAUUUUUGUAUUUUAUUUAUGUAAUUGUCGUUGCUUUGUCUUAUUAUUCACUGGAUUCAAUGUGUUGUUUUUUUUUUGCUUUAAAACUUAAUAUCAAUAUUUUGUUUCAUUUUUUUGGAGAUAACAAAUCAUAACAUUUAUCAGGUUUUAAAAAUCCAGAAGCAACUUUAAGAGAUUAAAAUUUCCUAGUCAGAAUAUGCUGUAAAGAUUACAAUUUAUUUAAAGGAUUCUCAAAUAGAUAAUCAUAAUGUAAUUGUUAUGUAUAUCAGUUCUCAUAUUUGACUGGGAAACAGUUAAUCAUGGCAAAAUAUAACUGAUGUGAUGUAGUCAGAGCCGUAUCAAGUUUAUGGGCACUGAUAGAUGUAAUAUUUCCUAAUUAAUGUAGUGAUAUAAUUAUAUAUCUUGAGAGGGCAUUCAGGAUUUUCUUGUGUCAUUGUUUGCAUUAUAUAUAUGUGUUGAUAUUUUUGUACUUAUUAAACAAUCUAAACUUAUGUUCUGCUCUUGAACAAUUUUUCAGUAAUCGCAUACAUUAACGUGAAUAAUUCUUGGAUUCAUUUUUGUAUUAAAUUAUUAAAGUGUAUCUGACAUAAGACAGCAUCAUCAAGAGUAUCAUUUCUGCUUGUGGGGUUAAUAUAUUUUUUUUUAGGUAAUGAAUAUUAAAAUUUCAAUAUUUUGCUCAAGUAUAUCACUUUCUCCAUUUAAAUGGUGUUUGAAUGUAUUAAUUUCCAGUAAAUUUAUAACUUUAACAGCCAGUGUCGGAUUAAGACCCCCCCCCCCCGAGGCCCAUUAUGAGCCAGCAUUUUGGGACCCUCUUGAACAAUUAUAUCAAACUUUCUUCAUUUAAAUGGUGUUUGAAUGUAUUAAUUUCCAGUAAAUUUAUAACUUUAACAGCCAGUGUCGGAUUAAGACCCCCCCCCCCCGAGGCCCAUUAUGAGCCAGCAUUUUGGGACCCUCUUGAAAAAUUAUAUCAAAACAUCAUAAUAGCAGUUGUGUAGCUAGGGUUGCCUUACGCCACUGCAUAUCAAUUACUGGUACUUAGAGAUUAAAUAAAACUUAUGUUAAAUAUGAUGGCAAUGCCAAGAAAAAGCAGUGUCUGAAAGUUGAGAGCAAAAGUGUGGUGAGAGGAAUGGGAAGGGAUUUGAGCCCCUCCCCAGACAUUUUUUUAAUAAAUUCAUAUUGCAGGAAUGAAUUUUAGCACAUACCAGAUUUAUUUUUCAUCAUAAAAUUAUGCUCUGCAUCUUAUUAAUUACCUUUAUUUCAAUGCUUUUGACACAAAAUUACUUCUCCCCCAGUCAAACUUAUUUUUAAAAAAGGAGACAUCCACUUCCCCUUUCCUACACUAGGGAUAAAGGCCUAUUUACAAUAAUCCAGGAAAAUUGUAUCAUUUUUGCACCUUUUUUUUACUAAAUUCUUAGUGAUUAUAUUAUAAUUUUUUAAAAUUUCACAAAAAGAUCAGCCAUAGAGGAAUACACACAGUGGGCCUAAAUCAGCGAAUAACACAAAAAAAAAAAGAAGCUAGCUUGUGGACACUUUACCCUUUGUAAGAAAUACAGGCUGUGUUAAUUGUUGACUUUGGAUAUCGGAUGACAUUGCUAUCAUCAUAACAUUUAUAUGGUGCACAUUUUUAUUAAUAUUGUGGAUAUGUGCAGCUUUUUAAACCUGGUUUUAUCUAUUGACUGUCACAACUGUUUUAAAAAAAUAAAUUUUCAUCUUUGCUUUUUUGAUGCUCAUUUUCAAUUAAAUGUAUCAUUUAUAAUGUAUAAAAAAACUAACCAUAUGUUACAUCUUCAAUAUGAUGACUGAAAGAUGCAUGUAGACAUUCAAAAACAGGAAAAAUCCAGUAGCUUAUGUAGACAGUUUUUGGUGAAAUUAAUGUACCUGUAUAUUCAAAUUAGUUCAUUUCGGGUAAAUUAAAGAAAAUUCACUCUUUAACUCAUAUUAUUUAAUAAUUUUUUUGUUCUAUUUGGUAUGUUCAUUCCAAUUUGUAUUGUUAAUUAGCUAAAUAACAGGAUUAAUUUCAGAUUUUAUUCCUAAUUCUUUCACACAAACUGAAAUGGGAAACUAACCCUCAGUAACACAAGCAGUACAUCUUUAUUUAUUGUUGAUAUGAAGCUCUAUUUUAUCAUUACAAACAGUAGAUACAAUUGUUAACACAAUUGUCAUCAUUAUUCAGUGCAUAGUUAAGUCAAAGUGUUGCUACAUGUCAGAAUUAUUCUGUAGUUUGAUGUAAUCAUUGAUGAAUUUAUGUCAAAUUAAAAUAGUUCACUCACUUUUGUGUUUGUAUUACUUUCUAUAUAUACUUUACAAACCCUUGUUUAAAAUGUAAUCUCUUCAAAAAUGUUUUCCCAUUGGUAGCAAAUUAAAUUUAAAUAUGGGACAAAACUGUGAACAUCACUCCAGAAUAGUGCACCAAUCAUUUCAAACCUAGUCUAUAUAUUAAAGUGUCUGUUGCAAACAUGAUCAAAUACAUAUUUUUUAUUUAAAAAAAAGGAAUGUACAGUAGUUUUUAUGGGCAUCGCAGGAAAUUAAAAAGUUAAUUCAAAAAAAAACAAUUCACCAUACAGCUGAUCAUCCUGGUAUUCAAAGCACCUUACAUUGUACCCAGCCAAUCUUUAUUACAAUUAUUUAUCUAGCUUAUGUAAUCCAAAUUUUAAUUGGUGUUUGAAACAGAUUAUUCAUUUCAAUCUCUUUAAUAUAUAAAUGAUUAUUAAAACAGUUACAAGACAGAUCAGAGCAAUGGUGUGGUUCUUGGUGGACAUGGGAUUAGAGGUUAAAGACAAAAAGAAUAAAUAAAUAAACAUUGAAUCCUUGGCAAACUGUAACUGCAAUUUGUACAUUAUUUGGCAUCCGCUUUACAGUUGGUUCUAAUUUCAAUUCUUAACCCUACCAGACCACUACCGAAUUUUCGGUAAUUUCUAAAUCUGCCGUUAUGCUGCGGUACCUAAUUUUCGGUACUUUUCCUAUUAUGUGACUGUGACAAAAAUGUGUCGCAAACUAAAAAAUAACCAAACAAUCAUGGUCAACCCUCAUGGUAAGUCAUUGCCAAUGUCUGCCCCCCAUGUGUUUGAAUUGACUUUGUGUGGUUUGAACAAAUUCUGAAAAUUCACAAUGAAAUGAGCGGCUAAUGAACCAAGCAUUUCAACAAGAAAGCGAAGUAGGUCUAGGCUUAUCACAGCCCAAUGCCACCUAUGAAAGGAACCCUGCCCUCAAUGGAUGACCCCAGGCAAUCAUUUUCCAGAGAUUCCCCCGGUAUAUCGUCUAAUCAUAUCUGUGUUGUGUGCAUGGAAAAGCACUCCAGGUACAACAAGCAAAAUCCUGGCGUGUCUUACAAAGACAAUCGAUGCAAGAUGGUGAAGGAUGACAUGUGGUGUUCACUUUGCAAGAAGUACCCCUGUGUGAAACAAGGCCCAUCCUGCUGGGUGGAUUGCCCCACAAAGGCGCUGUAUGAAAGGUAGACAUAUUUUCUACAAUGUCUCCAAGUUCCAUCUUAUUCUAACCACUUGUUUUCAUGUAACUAACAUUUUUCUAAAUCACGUUGGUUUUUUCUCUUUAAUGCUCAGAAGCGCAGGUAUAUAGGGGACAGAAGUUGGAAAGUCCUUUAAUACAUGUGUUUCCCUAUCAAUGGCAACCUUAAUUUGAACAGAGACAUUCAGAAACAAAUUUAUUCAAAAAUUGGUCAUGCUCCCAGAGACUCUUAUGUGUGUUGAUGUUCACUUUAUCUGUCCAUGAAACCUGGGAAAGGUGGGUGGGGGGGGGGGGGGGGGGGGUAAAAUAUUUUUAAAAAAUAAGUGACAUGAAAACAAUUUCAUUCUUAUAUAACAAUUUCAUUCUUAUAUAUUGGUUAAACCGUCUAAAAAUUGGUCAUGCUCCCAGAGACUCUUAUGUGUGUUGAUGUUCACUUUAUCUGUCCAUGAAACCUGGGAAAGGUGGGUGGGGGGGGGGGGGGUGGGUGUAAAAUAUUUUUAAAAAAUAAGUGACAUGAAAACAAUUUCAUUCUUAUAUAACAAUUUCAUUCUUAUAUAUUGGUUAAACCGUCUCACUGAGUAACAGAUUUCAGGUUGUGAAUAGCCUGUCCCUGUUGCACAAGAGGACUUGCAAGUGCACAAAUUGCAGAAUUUAUAACACAUUUCUGAAUGACAUUUAAGUUUUGUAUAAAACAGAAAUUAAGAUAAUUACAGAAACUAGAUGGAUCCUUUUGAUGAUAGUGGUCUAAUAGUCUCCAAGAUGUUGGAAUAGAAAAUAUUAGAUGGUAUCAACAUUAUUGAAGCAUAGAGCAAUAUUUCUUUUUUCAUUUUAAGGAAAUUAUUUGGACAAAAAAGAAUAGAAUAAAACCAGCACUUUUAUCAAUAUUCAUUAUAAGUUUACCCAAAUGUAUAAAUGUAGAAAAAUAUUAAGAUCCAUAAUGACAUCAGAUGCUGAUUAAAAAAACAGUUAAAAAUCUUUCUACACAACAUUUUUUCUGUACAUGACUACAAGCAUGAACAUUGUCCUAAUGAACCGUAACAAGCACAGAAACAGCUAACAGCACUUUCAACAUGGCUGAACUUGACAGACGUAAAUUUAUGCAAAGAAUCCCCACGUAAAAGCUGCAAUAGCCAUCAGGCAAAGAGCAUUCACGUUGAGGACCCGUCUCCAUAGUGUCUGCUCAUGUAUGGAUGUCUGCUUUUCUUCAAUAGCCCUCAGUUCUUCUGCUGACAACUGUUGCUCUGGGUUGUUCAUUUUCUCUA